AUGGCGGUGACCACAUACAUUGUCGUUUCAGGAGAUGCCGAUCCUAUAGUUGAAGUCGCCAAACAGAGAUUGAAAGACGCGUUCGCCCAUCCAGCAUCAAAUCAACAAGCUUCACGCAGGACUUCAGACUCGUUCUUCCUGCACGGCGUUAUCGCCCAAGAGUCGUUCCUUCAAUCAAAAGGUGUCAUCACGAAACUUCGACAUCGUCUCUACGAUCAACUGGACGUCGUCGAUGAUGACAAAAAUGCAGAAAAAGGCAAGACUGAGCUGGCAUUGGACCGAGAUGCCCUAAGAGGCAUAACCAAGAAUCUACACAUGAUCUCGCAAGAUGCCGAUGUACUUGUCUCCAGCACUGAGAUGGGCACUAUGGUGGUUGAGCGAAUGGCUACUGCGCACGCCUAUCUCAAGACAACGUCUGAAAUCUCCUCGCGACAAGGGCACAAUCAAGUCGAUGACAUGUUGGAGCAUCUUAUGCACUCUUUGCAGUCUAGAAAACGGUGGAUUCUAGGCUACAAGUCGCGGAAAGACAUUGCUAUGAACCUUGCGAGUCAUCCUCGAUCGCCUUCACGAGCCACAAGGGCAGACAGCUCGGCUAUGAAGAUCAUCGCCGCCUUGACCAUGAUAUUUCUUCCUGCGACAGCUGUCUCGGGCUUUUUCGGCAUGGUAUUCUUCGACAACCAGAACGGCGAGGUUGUCGUGACAACUGAUUGGUGGCUUUUCAUUGCGACGACGAUACCUAUCACCAUCAUCUUGAUCAUGAUCUGGCGGAUUUGGCUAUCGUGGACAGAGCUCAUCGAGGGACCGCAAAUCGUUAGACGACUGGCGAUAAGAGCCUGGUCCGCGGUUAAGUCUAAGAUGACUUCGAUGUCAUUCGCGGGUUUCGGCGAUACCCCGUCGAGCAUACCAGUGAAAGAAACCGAUGAUAUAAUGCUGGUCAAGAAGAUGGUCGAAGCGGACAUCAACCUCGUCCGCAGUGAACCCUGA